UCGACUUCGAGAACUUCUAUUGUCGCUAACGAGCUGCCAGAAAUAGUAAGUACACUUCUAUUACAAUGGAAACUUUGUACAAACUUGCACGAAUUGCUGUUUGUCGAAGACUGCAAAAUGCGUUGGAUGUGUUUCAAUUGGAUUUACCACAAACUAUACGGGAAGAUAUUUUGUUAGAAUUUCGUGUUUCAAAAUUUAAUUUCAUGUUAAAUUCGUAUAGGUUGCCAGAAUUUUAUAUAUUUAAUAAAAGUGAGAAUGUUCUGAUGAUUUGUGAAAUUGUAAAUGAUGCAUUAGAAGCUUGUGCAAAAAUAAGAGCGGGAAUUCCAGUUCCAUGGGAAACACUUGGUUUAAUCACAAUGUCCUCUUUUGACAUUAGUACAUUCUGGCAAAGUAGAUUCAAAAUUAAAGUAUUUUUUUACGUUACUUACAAGCAUUUUGUAUAUACUAUUUGUGAGAACUGUUUAUAUAAAUUAUCCGAUUCAUGGCAAAACGCACUACUGCAACCACUUCUUAUUGGAAUGAAAAUUAAUAUGGUAACGAAGACACCAUCAUUUUCAUAUGGGGUAACUGGUCCGCCACAUAUUAAGCAAUAUAGUCAUUGGUGCAUGUUUUGUGCAGAUACUCCAUUGUUCAGAAGUGUACGUUGUGGUGCCUCGUUAAGCAGUGUAUCGGAUUCAGAGGAAGACGACGCUGAUGUAACUGAUUUGUUGUUUGUUGACUGGAGUCAUACAAGAAAUUGGCAUUCAUUUGUUGGAAAAUACGGCUUGAAAUUGAAGACAGCUGUUGAACAACGUAUUGGAAAAAUUUUGUACCCGAAACAACCAAAUGCCGAAAAAACAGAAUUAUGAUAUUCCACCGUGGGAACGGUCUAAUUGGGAGUUCAUGCAUGAAGGCCAGAAACGCUAUGCCUACGAACAAUGGCUAAUUUCUCGUGUUCGCCGUGGUUUGCCUAUAGAUCACGACCGCCCAUCAGCAUCUGGUUCAUCCACUGGAACAAGUUCUGUAAACGAAGAUCACGUCGAUCACGAGGUAUCAGACAGCGAAGAAGACGAAGACGAACAAGGACCAGAAGAAACACAACAACAUUCUGAACCACAACGUUUAGUACCAUAUUCUGAUAGUGACGAAGGUAUGAGUUCGCCAAUGCAGGUAGAUUCAGGUAAACGUCAGGCUGCGGCAGCUCAAUCUGGUGGAUCUAAGAAAGCAAAAAAAAAAAAAAAAAAACGUUACCAGGCACUGGAGUACCAUCUGGUAACGUGCUCGGUGAUUCUCCUAAUACUCGAUCCGUUACCUGCUCCUUCUAUAUUAGAUACUGGUAAUAUUACAAGAUAUCGAAAAGUACAUAGAUUUUUCACAUAUGGUUUAGCAUAUAAAGUGAUUGAACAUGAAAAUGUAGUAUGCAUGGUUACUCCUUUGGCAGAAAUUCCUGUUGAUAGGCCAUUUUUGUAUAUGACACCUUCUGAAUUCGAUUUAUUACCUGAUGGUAGUAGAAUUGUUCAUUGUUCUGUAAAAGUAAUUGCACGAAAUCCUAGAAUUGCUUUUCCGACUAAUUUAAGUGAUACCGAACUUGCAACAUUAAAUCAAAAUAAGAAUAUGAUUACAAGUGUGGGGAUUAAUUUGAAAAUAUCGGGUAUUAAUGUAAAGCCUACAGCAUUUACUGCAAAUGCACCUAUGGAAACAACUGCCAUAGAUCAUAAACGAAAGUUUGAUUCCAUUUGGAAGUCAUGGUAUGGUUAUAGAAAUGAUGAAGCAGACUUUCUUACUAAAGUGCCUGCACAUCAAUUUGGACAACCCAUUAAUUUGAAAUAUUAUUAUGCGUGUGUUUCUAGCUCAAAAGAUAAGGGUUUACAUAAUUGGGGUUGGAAAUGUGUACAGUCUUGUGUUUCUGAAGUAGAUGCAGAUGCACGAACAGGAAGUGUUAUUGUUGACUAUACUUAUAAACCAACAUUAGGUUUUCUCAAAAUUCCAGAAGUAGCCAAUGUUGAUAUUUUUCCUAUUACCAGUACUGCUCAAAAUGUAGUUCAAAGGUAUAAUAUUAAUGCUGAUAAGCACUGUAAUCCUUUUAUGUCAUGUGAUAGUUUUUCUAAAACCCCUUUUGAACCAGCAAGAAUGGAAGAACAAUUAGUGGGAGCUGUUACUCCAGUCACAAAUGCAGAAGCAUCUGGAUAUAAUAAUUUAAUAGACAAAGCUGAUAUUGCUUCUGCAGGGUAUAAUAUUAGAUUUCAUGAUACAAAUGUUCAACCGAGCCUUCAUGUAGGCAUUAAUCCUACAUAUGCUUUAAGCACAAGCAGUUUAAAUAGUGAUGUUACAAAAUAUACUGAUACUCAAAUGUUGUUUGAAGUUGUUGCAGAAUGUUCAGUGUAUUCAGAUGGUCUAGAGACACAUUACCCUAGAGCAACUGUACCAAAUGUCCAAGUAUCAGAUAUGAUUUAUAUGUCUAAUGUAAAAAGGAAUGAGGAAUCAUCUGUUUAUAAGGGGCAAUAUGAAACUGAACAAUUGUAAUUGAAAUGUAACAAUUGUAAUUUAUUUUUAUUUGUUGUAAUA